UGAAACUAAAGCAAGUGUUUUCACCGUAAAAUGGAUUUUUCCAAGACAUUUAGAUGCCAAUAUUGAAUUGUUUCAGAGGAGUAUUGAUCAUUACCAAUACGAAUUACCGCCAUUUCAUAACGUUCGGUUGUUGAAAGACACGUUGAGUUCGGAGGAUGUCCAUUGUCUGUUGAGGAAGUGAGUGCUGCAGCCAGUGUGUGAAAUGGUGAAUUUUCUUUGAAUUGCUGAAAGAAACACAAUAUUUUAACUCAGAAUGUUAUUGGCGUUGAAGAAUUUUGUGGAUCGCUGUUACAACAGUUUAGUAAACAGAUACAGUCUCUGAAAAUGGUGAAAACUAGGAGUGGUGAUACAAGUCAGUAUUUGGAUACAGAGAUGCCAGUAAAAAAUUCUGUGGUCGUAAAAGAAGACGACGAUGGGAGUGAUAACAGUGACCAUGGAUCCAAUAAGGAUGAUUCCUACCCUCAACAGUCCCCUUGUUGGAGCCGAGAAUUACGAAAUCGCUUUGUUUUUAGUACUAAAGAUCGUACACGUAAUUCUGGAGACUGUAAUGUGCAUCCCAGAUAUGGAAAACAAGGAAUUCGUUCAAGGCGCCAUAUUAGAUGUGGAGCACCUCUGACUUUAAGUGAAAGAAAUUCAGUUUACAGAGAUGGUAUGGUUGAAGAUUUAGAUGACAGUGAUUCAUUUGAUCAUCCAGAAGAUGAUGACGAUGAUGAUGAUGAUGACGACAUUUUUAGCCCUUGUCGCAAAAGAGUAAGGACUUGCCGCCAGCGCCAGCCCUAUAGGACCCAUCUUCGAAGUUCACGCACGUCUUCAAGAAGAGAGCAUAGGAGCAGUAGUAAAUUAAAUGGUCAUGACAGCAGGAUUGAAAAACAAGGUGAUGAUGCACAAGAAGCUGAAGGUGUUAGGCGCAGUACUAGACAACGAAAACUUCUUUAUGAUAACUUCAAUACGAGUUGGAUACUUGGAACUCAGACUCUGAGAGGCUACCCAAUGUUCUUGCCAGACAAGGAAGAAGUGGAGAAAGGCUGCACAGAAGGCAGUUCUCGUACACAGGAGCGGGUUGAAGAGGAGGAGGAGGAAGAGGAGGGGGACACUAGCAAAGAGACGUGCAAGAAAAAGAGACAACCAUUGGUAGAAAUGCCUGCUGCUGUAGAUGAUAAUUUUGAAGAUAUGUACUCAAGAGUGAAACGGCCAAGGCGGUCAACUCGCAGAUUGAUGUAUCCUCAGCAGCAGCCUGCACCAAGAUCUCGCAAAAUUAAUGAAGAUAGUGAUGAUGCAAGUGACUCACAAAGCAGUCAGACUUCGUCAGACUCUGAAGAAGAAGUGGAAGUGCGGAGGGAAAAAUACCACCUUCGAAAGACAAAACCGACUGUGCAGAGGUUCCAGGUGAAUGUUGAUCCACCACGGCGAUCGUCCCGAAUCUUCCGUACAGUUUUAUCGUCUGUCAGACGAAGACGACACCGCGAUGACAGUUCGUCGAGCAGCAGUGAAGAAGAAAGAUUUGACAGGAAAAAAGUGAAGGGCCACGGCAAAAGCAGGACACGUUGCCUUCCCAUAAACAUACAUACAAAUGAUCUUCCUGUGAGUAGUAGGCCACAUGAAGCCAGCAAAAAACUCGCCGAUGUUAAUCCCGUCGUGUUAGAUACGAGCAUACGCUUUGAGGACGUUGGUGGCUUGGAAGAGCAUAUACGUUGUCUAAAAGAGAUGGUAGUUUUCCCAAUGUUAUACAAAGAAGUGUUUGAUCGCUUCAGUAUAAGGCCACCGAAAGGAGUUCUUUUCCACGGUGCUCCCGGGACAGGAAAAACCUUAAUCGCUCGGGCGCUUGCAAAUGAAUGUUGUCAAGGUGAUCGAAAAGUAUCAUUUUUCAUGCGUAAAGGAGCAGAUUGUCUUAAUAAGUGGGUAGGAGAAUCAGAAAGACAAUUGCGUCUUUUGUUUGAACAGGCAUAUGAGAUGCGUCCGUCCAUAAUCUUCUUUGAUGAAAUUGAUGGUUUGGCACCAGUUCGUUCUUCUAAACAAGAUCAGAUACACGCUAGUAUAGUGUCGACACUACUUGCCCUCAUGGAUGGCCUAGAUAACCGGGGUGAUGUUAUUGUCAUUGGUGCAACCAAUCGAAUUGAUGCAAUUGACCCUGCUUUGAGGCGGCCUGGUCGCUUUGAUCGGGAGCUCUACUUCCCUCUACCAGCUAAGAAGGAAAGGCAAGAAAUUUUGCGCAUCCAUGUCAGCCGUUGGCAGGAACCACCUCCACCAUCUUUAUUAGUUUCAAUGGCAGAACAGGCAGUUGGUUAUUGUGGCUCUGACUUACAAGCUCUGUGCUCUGAAGCUGUAAUCCAAAGCUUAAGGCGGAGAUAUCCCCAGAUUUAUAAUUCGAGGCAAAAAUUGCUGGUUGAUCCCAAAGCAGUGAAGGUGGAUAAAUUAGAUUUUCUGCGAGCAAAAAAGUACAUAGUGCCUGCAGCACAUCGUGUUGCACCAUGUGUUGGACGAAAACUAUCACAGCUUGUUGAACCACUGCUGAAGGAUUUACUGGGUGAAGCGAUUGACAUUCUGAGACUGUCAUUUCCUCACAGCACAUCUCGGAAUGUUAUUGGCACUGGUGGCAUCCAUCGGCCUCAACUGCUGCUUGUAGGGGAUUCUGCAGCACAUGGUCAGACAACCCAUCUUGGUCCAGCCUUGUUGCAUCACAUGGAACAUUUGCCAGUACACACACUUGAUCUGGCUAAGCUCUUCGGUGUGUCAGGAUGCACUCCAGAGGAGGCAUGUAUUCAGGUUUUCCAGGAAGCUCGCCGAAAUACUCCGUCCGUCAUAUAUGUACCUGGAAUAUCUCAGUGGUGGUCUCUUGUUGCUGAAACUCUGCAGGCUGUAUUUUUAUCAAAUUUGCGUUUGCUUAAUCCAAGCAUUCCAAUUUUAUUGCUUGCUACGUCAGAUGCACCAUAUAAAAAUUUACCACAUCAGGUGAAGGAGUUAUUCAGUGACUAUCGUGGAGAAGUAAUUAAAGUUGGUAAACCAAACGCUGCCAAACGGAGAGCGUUCUUUGCACCCAUUUUUACUGUUGUUCCAUUAAGGCACCCAAAGCGUAGGAGAAAAGCAGCUGCCCCACUUCCUGAACUGCCUGUAGCACCACCACCUGAACCACGUAAACUUUCAGAAGAAGAACAGAAGGCGCUAUAUGAGAAGGAGGAAGGCACAUUAAGGGAAUUGCGCAUAUUUCUGAGAGAGAUAUGUGCCAAACUUGCUCGUAACCGCCAGUUCUACAUGUUCACAAAACCAGUAGACAUAGAAGAAGUUCCUGACUACCUUGCUAUCAUCAAGCAACCUAUGGACUUGGAGACAAUGAUGACAAAAAUAGACCUACAUCGUUACUCCUGUGCUCAAGAUUUUCUAGAUGACAUUGAUCUUCUUUGCAGGAAUGCUUUGGAAUACAACCCUGACAGGGAGCCUGCUGACAAACUUAUAAGACAUCGUGCUUGUUCACUGAGAGAUACUGCGUAUACAUUGAUAAAAGCCCAAAUGGAUUCGGAUUUUGAGGAGCAGUGUAAAGUUAUAGCAAAAGCGAGAAGAGAGAGGGCAGAGUCUCCAUCACGAUUUGCACCUGAGUUUGUGCUCACCACAAAUGAACAAACUUCAAGUAAAGAAAAUAGCCCAAAAUUAGCAAGUACACCAGUUAAAGACUCAAUGACUUCUACCGAUACAAGUGGAGGAAAUGGUUCAAAUGAAAUAACAGGUUUCCCCAAGAGUCAUUGGAAGUUCAACAGUGAUUCAUGCCUUUCAAAAAAGCGUCGUCGAUCUGCUUGGUCAAGGGGCCUACUGAGACAUAGCUCUGGCAAAAAGAAGAAGCAUUGUGUUCGUCAUGUGCUGUCUUUGAGUCCAAAUGCUGGAAACAAUAAUUCUAAUUCAGCAUCCACGAAACUGGAUGCUGAUAACAUUGCGAAAGAAAGAGUAAUCAAUGGUCCAUUGAAUAUUAAGGUUGAAGGAGGCAAAAAAAUAAAUGGAGAAAAUGAACCACUUCACUUGGAGGGGAAAAGGAAAUCAAAAGAUGAUUUAGAUUGUGCCUCAGUAACAAAAUUAGCAGAGUCGGCUAUAUAUAGUGUCUGUCAGACCAACAUGGAUGCACAUGCUGAUGAGACAUUGAUCAACUACGAUAAUGGGAGUCAAGAUGAUGCAGAUGCAGGUCAUGAAUUGGAUAUUUCUGCUGAUCAGGAGCAGUUGAAUGACACAGUAUGUGAGAGGAAUCCUUUGACAUUGGACAAGGAUAGAUUAGAAUCAUUACUACAUAAAGCAGUACUAAUAACUGAGCAUUGUGCUGCAGAAACAUUGCUUGAGCUGUAUGCUCAACUGCGGAAAUGUGUAUUGAAAUAUAGCAAUCAAUGGGACAGAAGACAGCUACCUCAGGAUUUGGAUGUGGAGCUUAGGAGAUUUCAAGAACAUUACUCCCAAUUACUGUAACUGCCAGUUUGUAUGCUCAAACAUAUUUUGUAUGAAAUAGAAGUUAUAGAUACAAUACAUAAUGCUGUUAUUUUUGACUUCCAUUCAUAUGUUUGCUCAUAUUAUAUUUGGAUAACAAAAAAUCAUACAUUUUGGUAAUGUCGUUGUAUAUGUUCUGUAAUUUAUUGACUUCCAUAAGUGGUUUGGUUGUUGUAAAUUAGUAUGUCAUAAUAAGCAUUGUAAAUAAGGUACCGUGUGUGUGUGUGUGUGUGUGAGAGAGAGAGAGAGAGAGAGAGAGAGAGUGCUCACUCCCACAAGUGUGGGUUUUAUAUAUGUGAGAGAAAGAUGUCAUUGUUUGUGCUAACAGAUGCUGGACACUUCCAGAGUUUUUUGUUAAUACUAAGUAAGACAACAGUGUUCAAUAAUUUAUUUUUAUUAAAUAUGCACUAAAUUUUGUAGACUUCAGUGUAACAGGGUUUCCCAAAUAAUAAAGCACCGCCAGUUGUUGAAUCUCAGGGAAAAUGACUGCCAGAAUUGUAGAUAAGUUAAAUAUUACAGUGUUCACCAUGUAAUGUGAUUUUAAAAUAGGUACACUUCAUUGGUCUAGUUGUAUAAAUGACUGGCCGCUUUUAAUGACAGGUUUAUGUUUCAGUUGUGCUAACAGUAAAAAAAAAAGAGGAAAAAUGUACACAUUCUUAAUUAUUUUUAUUCACAAGUAGUAGUUAUUGUUCUUUGUAUACAAACCAGUCUGGCAGUAAAUUAAACUGCUCUCCUGAUUGCCUCUGUUCAAAGUUGAUUUUAGUGCUUGCUUCAAAUUUAAUAAAAGUUACCUGUUAUCUUUCUUCUAUUGUACACACUUUAUGAAAUUUAAUUUUGUCCACUCUUUGUGCUGAUUCUUAACACAUUUUACAUUUGUCUCCAACACCAAAUGAUAAGAAAAUACUUGCAAUACAGGCAAUAAAUAAGAUAAACUAAAAUUUAUUAUUUUCACAAAUGUCGUUAUUAUGACCUAGAUGUCAGCUUGUUAUUUGUAGGUUCAUUCUCUUGAGUACUUCUGCUUUUAUUGUUUAUAUUACUGUGAAGGGUAGUUCCCUUGUGUUUUGUGAUUUUUAAGAGUACUUAGGCAGUGCUCAGAGCAAGACUAAGUAUCUAAUUUCUCAGUGGGGAGUAUGACACAUGGAAAACUACACGUGCGAUUUUAAUAUUGACUGUGGAAGAAUUAUUAAAAAUGAAUUUUAAGAACAUUUAUACUAGAAGUAGAAAAGUUAAGGGAAGAAAAAUUAUGUUGCUGUUUGGGCAGAUGAUUUUCAUGUAACGACUGCCAGCUAAAACUACUGUGAUGAGGCAGUGACUAAUAGUAUUUGCAUUAAUAAAAAUGGUAGUUGUUGUUGCCUUCGUGUGGACAGGACAACAGAAGAUACAUCAGUUGCAGUAUUCAAAACUGUACCGUUGAAAUAUUAAGUAGUUAAAUACCAAAUGGCUGUAUAGUGUCAAAUUUUAUUUGCCCUCUACAUGUGCAAACAUUUUUGCUCUCCUGAGACUCUCUAGUGAAAGAUGUUUUGAGGAAGAUGUAAAGGUAAACAUUAAAUAAAUAACACAACCAAAGCUCACAUUUCAUACAAGAAAGAAUGUGGUACAGUGUGAUUUGAGGAAAAUCGCGUGGGACUGUUCCCUGUAGUUAAGUUCGCUCGUCUUGUACAAUUAUCACUGUAAUAGCAGUGCACGUGUGUCAAGAAGUUUAUUGUGCAGGAACACAAGCCAUCAGGUUUACAUAACUAACUGAACUGUAGUCAUAGAAUAUUCAAAGAACUGUUCAAAGAAACUGCUGGCUAAUCAUUUUCUGAUGUGGGGGACCACAUCACUUCUGUUUUAAUCAUGUAGGUUCUUUAUUUUAAUGUAUAAAAAAUGACAUUUAUAAAAUAAUCAUGAAGAUCUUGGAUGAACAUUUCACUGAAGUAUAUCCUAGUGUAAAAUGUUCUGACAGCUUAAAACUGUGCCAAAAUGGAAAACUGUUCUCUGCUGUAUAAGAAAAUAUUAAUUGUAGAAAUAAUCCUAAAAGUUUUGUUCAGCCAUUCUCCGCGAUGUAUUGGCCUACAGGAGUGCUAGUAGAGUUAAGUGUGCAAGUGAACAUUGAGGAAUGUGGUACCAGCUGAUUGGAGCUCUAAAGUUAAUCUUUAAUCAGGCCUAGAUAGCUUAAUUGUAAAAAGCAUUGCCCGUGAAAAACAAUAGUAUGAGGUUUGGUCAACCAUGCUGUUUGUCUGUGAAGCAUACUGAACGAAACAUAGAAAAGCAUAUGAAACAGGAAACAUAGAACAAAAUAACAUUAUCAUAUUAUCACAAAUUCCAGCUGAUAUGUCAGAAGAUCUGUUUCCUUCGGAUGUGAGAAAAAAUAACAUUCAUUUUUAAUACAUACACUCAAGUACUGGAAAGAGAGGUAAGCUUCAUCAGAACAACUACCACUCAAACUGAAGUGACAAGACAAUAUGAUAUAGAGCGUAAUCAAAACAGUGUGCUAAGCAGGCUCAAUUCUAUUCUUUCCACAUAUGCUCUAAAAUUCUGAUAUCAUCUGUGGCCCCGCACUCCCACAACAUAAGUGGUUUUAUGUAUAGUUUUUCAGAUGUUCCUACCAGUAGAAACAAAAAAGUAAUUCUUAAUGUUUUUAUUGCUUUUUGUGUGGUGCCCUGAAGAAAAGUAAGUCCAUUUAAAUUAUUAUAAUUACAUUAAGCAUAAAUUUCGGAUUUGCAGGAAGUGAAUAGGACUCUGUGCCUGUUAUCGGGACGCUGAAAGAGUAUAUUACACACACUUCAGCAUUUCCGUGGUAGAUAAUCACUAGUUUACAUGAGUGUGACUCAUGAGACUAUACAGAGCAAUAUUUAUAUAUGUGGCGAGCAAUUUGAAUCUGUAUUUGGGUGUGAGCAUUUCAUCUUCCAUUUGCCUGAAACAGGCUGAGAGCUAAUAAAUAAACAUUUGGCAAAAACCUACAUAUAGGCUUUGAAUACUGCAAUUUUUUCAUAAACUGCUGUGAUUGAUUUUGUGGUAAAAGAACAGCUUACAUUGUUAUAAGCAGAUUUCUUUUAACCAAUGUAUAUAAAUGUAUCUUAAUCUGUGAAUGAAUUGUUGUUUCUGCAAAAUGUAGGAACAGGGUUCAAAUGUCAGUUACACUGUAUUUGGAUAACUAUUUUGGACAGAACGCUUUAUACACAUUUUUCUUGUAAGAUGUACAGUCAACUAAUUGGGAAACCCUGGGAAUUAUAACCCCAUCAUAAUUGUAAUUAUAUGUGAUGUUUUCUGAAAGUGUAUGUGAUGGUUGUGUAAAUGUAAAAAUGUGAAAGAUAACUCUAGUGUUAAGAUAUUGAGAAGCACCAAGAGUUCAUUUAUGUCGGAUAUUAUAGCAAUAUUUACCUUACUUUAUGUACGAAAGAAUACUGUGCAACCAGUCUUUCUGUAGCCUUACUUGUUGCCUUUGAAUGUGUUUGAACUCACUUUGUGGCAUGGAGAAUGGACAUGGAAAUUAUUAGUGGAUGAAGACAUGUGCCUUUGUAUGAUAAAUUUGUUAUUACUUUCAGUUAAAUAUGUUGUUACCAUAUCUUGCAACUGUGUGAAGAACUGUAAAAGUAUCACUCUACAAUUUGUUCUAAGUCACAGAGACCAGUACUUGGUAAGUUGGAUUAGAGAGCACUUAAAUUAACAAAACUUAAAUCAACUGACUGCCGAUGUUUCAAGAUCGAUUUGUUUUCCUCGGAGUAGUUCAUAUUGACAAUUGUAGACAGACAUAUUUCAGUUUAGCAAUUUUUAUGACCAAUAAAACUUACAAAAAUUGUUUUGAAGACUGAAGACGUUAUUUUUAAACCAUCGAUGUUAUGAAUAUAAUAGUAACUAUUCCUCAGUCACAAUUACGUUAGUUGUUUGAUCGCUAUUUUCGAGAUGAAGCAUCAAAAGAAAUUAAAUAUUGCUUAGUUCAUUGUGCCUACAGUAAUCUAUCUGUUGCAUAAUAUGAGGAGGUGGUUAAUCACAUAUUUCUCUCUUCCAAGUAUGCUCUAAUUAGGCUGUUUCCAGGGUGCCUCUUUCCUCCUCCACCCCCCACCCCUAAAUAUCUAUCUAUCUAUCUCUCUCUCUCUCUCUCUCUCUCUCUCUCUCUCUCUCUCUCUCUCUCUCUCUCUCUCUCUGAAAAAUAUUACUGAUUUUUCAAAAAGUUGUUUUUUGUCAUGGAAAAAGUAACUGAAGUCAAUACACUUGGCUUAUUUUAGAAGUAUUUUUGUCUUUCACACCCACGAAUGACUUUGUUAUACUUCUGAAAGAAAAAUCUCAAGGCUUUUUUAGAAAUAAAAUGGGGGAAGGAGGUAUGAGGUAUUUCGUGUAGAAAACUAAUUAUUUAGGGAAAAUUGAUGAAACACAAGUUACUUUGUUAUAUGAUUGCAGGCAUGUGAUAUCUGAAUUUAUAGCUUCCAUGCCAAAUAUUUCCAAACAAGGCUUUUUGAUGAUGACUAGCCCAUUUUUUUCUCAAUUUUCUGCUUAUUUUGAUAGUGUAAUAAUUACUGGUAGAAAAUUGACAAGAAAUUUUACAAUUUAUCACUCAUCUCUGUACUGUCUGCUAUUCUUCAAUAGAUUAUUCACAUUAUCAAUAAGUAGGUGACUAAUAUUGAUUGUAUAAUUAACAUUAUGAAAGACUGAAAGUUGAUUUAGAAAGCUACUGGAUUUUUACACCAAAUUGGUAUUGAGCUAUUCAGUUCUUCCUUUGAGAAUGUUCAAGAGAAAGGUAACACAAUCAACAAAUACUUUUGCAUUUGAGAUAAAUCAAUAGUGUAUUGAUUUAUUUAUAACAUGUACCUGUUUACUCACUGUGUUCUGCUGUGAUUGAUCCUUCACUAUUUCAAUAAUGUCUAAAUAAUCCAUGCUGCAUUACAUGAUCUCUUAAUUAGGGUAAGCAGUUAAUUUUAAAAAUGUAUAAAAUAAAAAUGAAGACAUGUAGUACUAUUAAGACUUGAAUAACUGUAUGAUUUAUGCCAAAAAAACGAGGUGUGAUAAAAUGUAAAGUAUAUAUUUAUGUAUUAAAACAAAGUUCAUUUAUAAUUUAGUAUAGUUCAGAAUUGUUAAUUGAUCGUAGAUUAGACUUGCAAUUUUUCUUGUCAGUGAAUUUUGCUUCAAGCAAUGAUCUUCAUUCCAUGCAUCUUAACAAAUUCCAGAAUUAAAUAUUUAUCAUGCAAAUAAAAAUACUGCAGUAAUAGUUUGGAUUGGAUCACAAACUUGUAAUGUCAUUCGGUAAUUGACAAGCACAUCUUGUUUACAUUUCGCAGAAGAAAAGUGAUAAAAACCGUACACAUGUAAUAAUUUAUUUUUCUCAUUCAUGCCAGUAUUACUGGUCUCCAAGAUUCAUAGAUGGGCUGGAUUCUGCAGAGAAAUUGUAUUUAUAGACUUUUAGAAAUCUUGUUGCCUACCUAAUACAAGUGAAGAAAUGUUUAAAAGAAAAGGAGACAUACAAAUUGCGACAUUUAUCUUAAAUGUGAUUUGUAAACUAUUUCAUAACAAGAACAUACUGCCAUUUAUUUCUUCUCAAAAUCAUAUCACUGCCAUUCUCACCAAGUGAAGCAUUUUUAAGCUGUUCAAUUUGAAUUAUCUAACUGCAAAUGAGACUGUGAAUUAAUAUCUACAUAUGUAUAUAUAAAAUAUAUGUAUACAUGACUAAGCCUAUUUUACAAGGCUGAAAAUAACUGCCGUUUUAUUAAACAUAUAUUUAUUUGCCUUAGAAUGUCUAAUGGAAGGCAACAUGGGGAUCACAAAAAGUUAUUCACUCUUCUUGAAGUUAUUUGUUACUUGUCAUGAGGUUGCAAACCAGGCAUAUUUAAACAUGACUCAAAUGACAAAUUUCAAUAACUAUAGUAUGUUUUUUCACAAGUUAUUUCACUAGCAUUCGUUUGAAAUGUAACUGUUGAAGAAAAAAAGUUCCACUAAAAUUGUUGCAAAAUAUUUACAUUGCCUACAAACACUGUUCUACAUACUAUCCAGUUGCCUUCCUGCAGUCCUUCAUAACACGAUUGCUGUAGGCUUUAUACUAUAUUUAUGAAAAUGUUUGCUGAUUUUUUUUUUUUUUGUAGGGUUUAAUAUUUUUGUCAGAGUUGCUAGUUUUUGGGAUAUUAAACAUUUGUCUAAUAAAAAUAAAUAAUGUAAUUUGCCUCAGUUUGUGUUGUUAAUUAAAUGUAAUGUGAAAGAA